GUAUAUGGAAUGGGUAGGAAUGAGAAACAUUUCAAGAAUCCAGAGAAGUUUGAUCCGGAGAGAUUCACAAGGGAUGAGGACAGCCCCUUAUUUGCGUACAUACCAUUUUCUCUGGGUGCUCGAGCCUGCAUCGGCCAGACGUUUGCUAUGAUUGAAUCCAAGGUGGUCAUAUGUAAGCUCAUUCAGCAACUGGAAUUCCAACUUGUACCCAACCAGAGCUUUGAUUUUGUAGAAGCAGUCACUCUUACGCCCAAGGAUGGCUGCAAAACUUACAUGACAAUGAGAAACCUGUGACAUGACAAUGAGAAACCUGUGACAUCACAAUGAGAAACCUGUGACAUCACAUUGAGAAACCUGUGACAUCACAUCAUAAUUAUUAGAACACAUUGUGUGAUAACUGUUAUUAUUGUUUUAUAUUGUGGAUUUGAUGUACAUGUAUUAUGUUUAAACACUUACAAGGGGGUACAAUUCAACUACACUCACUAAGGAGCACUCUAACCACUAAACAUUGUACACUUGUGCACAUACUAACUCAAGUCUCUAUGAUAUUUGGAUCACUCUGGAUACUCUCUAAAAAAAUCGAGUGAUCACGGACGUCACUCCUCUGGA